AUGACUUGCGUCACUGGUGUGCGUUCACUUUCACGUCAGUUAUGCAUUUCCUCCCAUGGAUUUGAAGCUGAUGGCGUGAUUCGAGCUGCAGAAUAUUUCGUGCCCACGCUCUGGGAUAUCUUACUAAAAGAUUUGACCAACGAAGAUAAAUUUAACCGUCUCUUAAAAGUUUUAAGCGAUGCCUUGCACUGGAAUAGAUUCCCUGCAUUUUGCGCGCUGCUCGUUGGAGGGUCAACUUUAUUACCAGCCAUUGUUGAGCCUCUAUUCACCAAAGCUGUGAUUAAUCGACGAUUCAAAGCUCGACCAGUUGUGGCGCAGAGCUCACUGCGCCCUAUUCGGUUUUUUGCAGCCCUUUUAUCAGCGUGGCUGUGCUUCCCGAUCCUCAACUCUAAAAAGGGGGUAGCACAACCUCUUUCCGUUUCGGACGAGAAAGAGGGAGAGGCCGCAAUCAAUGAUGUAACUCUAAAAGCAAAAGGCAGCCGGCAAAAGCUUCCAGGCCCUCCUGGUCUGGCUGGAAGGACUCUUGACCUAAGUCUUUUUGCCCUUAUUCGAGCAAUUGACGCCCUUGUAUGCAUGGCAUGGGUUCGUUGGCAGAAACAUCGAGUGUCCCAAAGUAAAUGGACGCACGUGGAGUCCCUAGCCCCACAACUGACAGAUGCUUGUCUCUUUGUCACAAGUUCCGCAAUCGUCAUGUGGGCCUGGUUCUAUCUUCCAGAAAGAUUACCCGAAUCGUACUGCAAGUGGAUUGAGGAGGCAGCCCAGGUUGAUAGCCGGCUUAUCGACGUGCUCCGAUCCGCCAGAAGAGGCGAGUGGGAGUAUGGAAAACCAUCAGAGAACAAGCCGCCAUUGCAGUCCAUGUGUGAAGACUAUGGCUUACCUCGUGAAUGGGGGAAUCCGGAGAAGACAAUCCCGUUUCCGUGCGAGCUUGUCCACAUGGGUUGCGGCCCUAGCUGUGAGAGACAUGCCAUCUGGAGGUUCAUCAAGGCGUUCAAAUUUGCCUGUGCCACGUACCUUCCGCUACAACUGGCGUUGCGGUGGAGAUCACGGUCGAUAGCAGUACUCUUAAACGCGGCGAAAAACGCCGUCCGCUCCUCUGCUUUCCUUAGCUUCUUUAUCAGCAUUUUCUACUAUUCCGUUUGCCUGGCGCGAACGAGAUUAGGACCGAGAUUAUUCAGCCGUAAACGAAUCACGCCAAUGAUGUGGGAUUCCGGGCUUUGUGUUGCUGCCGGAUGUGUGAUGUGUGGAUGGAGUAUUCUGGUUGAGAAUGCGAAGAAGAGGUUGGAGGUUGCGCUUUUUGUGGCUCCGAAGGCUGCGGCAACCUUGCUGCCAAGAAGAUACGCUGAGAAGUAUCAAUGGAGAGAACAAGUCGUAUUCUCGCUCAGCACGGCAGUAGUGCUAGCUUGCAUCCAGGAACGGCCGGAAAUGAUUAGAGGCGUCUUGGGAAAGGUCUUGGGACAGGUUUUCAAUGAUUAG